AUGGCUCACAACGGCAGCGAAGACGCCCACGCCGCGCCGCUGCUCACGCCAUGCCCGGAGUCGGCCGUGCCCCGGCGGUGGAAGUGGAACACAUAUCUCGCGGUGAUGAGUGGCGCGGAGCUGUUCAUCAGGGAGGACCUGGGCCUCACCGACGCUCAGACCGAGGAGAUCAAGCAGGCCGUCGCCGUCGCCGCCACCUCCGCAGCUCCAGGAUCCAGAGACGACGACAACGGCACGUGGACGGAGCUGCUCGUCCAGCCAACGGCAGUAGUGAGACGAAUCCUCGUCUGCGUCGUCGGGCAGCAGUUCUUCCAGGAAGCGUCCGGCAUCGAGGCCGUCGUGCUAUACAGCCCGCUGGUGUUCAAGCGCGCCGGCAUGUCGUCGUCGGACCGCGCGGUCCUGGGCGCCACCGUCGCUUUCGGAGCGGUCAAGACGCUCUCCAUCCUCGUGGCCACGUCCCUUUCAGACCGCCUCGGCCUGCGCCCGCUCCUGCUGGCCCGCACCGGCGGCGUGGCCAUGGCGAUGGCGUCCCUGGCCGCGUCGCUCUGGCUCGACGCGACGUCGGCGUGCCUCGCGUCCGUGCUGGCCUUCGUCGUCGCGUUCCUCGUCGGGUUCGGGCCGCUGGUUCCGGCGUACGGCGCGGAGGUCCUGCCGCUGCGGCUGCGCGCGCAGGGCACGAGUGUGGGCACGGCGGUCGGGCGGAUGGUGUGCGCGGCGGUCAGCAUGACGUUCAUUUCGCUCGCCGGCGCCAUCAGCAUGCCUGGGUGCUUCUUGCUGUAUGCUUGGCGUGGUGCCUGGGGGGACAUGGAUGUGCUCUUCGCCAAGUGA